CGAAUCCUUUUGAAAACAGUGACUUUAGCUUCUGCGCGUGGCAAUGUGACUAUAAAAUUGACACUGGUAGCUCGGUGGUUAGCCUAACUAGCUAAUCAAUUGAUUGUGGCUUGGACGACGUGUCCAGCAAGUUUAACUUCAAAUUCAAACUCAUUCAGGCUCUCUUUGAUAUUUAAAUUAGAAAGCUAUUUAUAGUUAUAGCUAUAGUUGUAGCUAUUCGAGCUAUUGAUAGUUUGCUCGAUAAUUUCGAGUUCUUUCUUAAACAAUGGAAUGUUUUGUCGCUAACAUCAAAGAUUCCACUGAUAAGCUGGUACAGAAACAAAUGCCAGAGGAUGCAGACGAAGUCAUCGAACAGCUGUUUAAUGACACGAGAAAUCUGGAGAGCCACUGUUUCUCCACUCUGUUUGAACAGCAGCAGAUGGAAGACUGUGCCAUACAGUUGUGGAACUGGGCAGUAACAAAACAUGUGGGAUCGGCCAUUAAUGAACUCCAGAAAGCAAAAGUUCGUGAUGUGGCUUGCAGAUUGCUGUGUGCGUCCGAGCCUCAGGACCCGCCAGAGAGUGCUGUACGCAGACAGAUCUUGAUGGCCUCCAAGACCGGUAGAACCUGGCUUGACUGUAGAAAUCCAAAGUUUGCCGAUGACCUUUUCUGUCUUGCUGUUAAAAGCCUGGAGACCCUGUACAGCAGACUCACGGCUCGUGGUGACGACAGGGGAGAUAUCAACAUUCCCAAAGGAGAUGUUGAGAAGGACCUGUUUCGCGUUCUGUCCUACCAGGCGGAAUCGGCACUGGCUCAGGAGAACCACCCAGAGGCCGUGUUCUGUGUGCAGCGCUGCAGGGACAUGCUGCUGCGUCUGCCCAAAGAGACUGGCUAUCUCUCUCUUAUGUGCUAUAACUUUGGAGUCGAUGCCUACAAUCUAAAAAAGUACGAAGAAAGUUCAUAUUGGUUGAGCCAGAGUUAUGACAUUGGAAAGAUGAAUGAGAAGUAUUCCCCUGGGGCUGUAGUGCGAGCAAAAAUCUUAAGGCUUCUAGCAACUGUCUACUUAGAGUGGGGCUGUGACGACUUCCAGGAAAAGGCCCUCAAUGCAGUCAGCUUAGCAAAUCAGGCGAGUGUGCACCCCUCAGGGUUCCUCCUGAAGACCCGUGUAUUACUGAGGUGCAAAGCCCAGGAUGAGCUUGUCAGAGCUGCAGUAGCACAGCUCCUUGAGUCUGAGGUUCCUCUUGACGUGUGCUUGAGCACGGUGAAGCUGCUUAUGGAAGAAGACAGGGAGGCUCUUGCCUUUGAGUUCCUGAAGCGGGUGUGCCAGCGCUUUGAGUCGUCCUCAGAGCUGGGGAGCGCGCUCGUCCUGCACAUCCAGCUCCUCCUGCAGCGGGGCAAGGAGCUCCUGGCCAGGCAGAAGAUUGAGGAUGUGAUCACAGGGCACUACACAGGCAAACCGCUGUCUCAUCAGACUCUCAGCAGCCUGCAUGUGCUUCUCUGGGACAGGGCAUCCCAAAACUUUGAGGCAAAAAACUAUUCGGAAGCCCUGGAGUGGUAUAACUACUCCCUGAGCUUCUACACAGCGGGACAGAUGGAGCCGAAUCUGGCCAAGCUACAGAGGAACCGGGGCUCCUGCUUCCUGCACCUGGGCCAGCUGGAGAAGGCCCGGGAAGCAAUAAAGGAGGCCGAGAGAUGUGACCCAGACAGCAUAUUCACGCAGUUCAGCGUCUACAAGAUCGCCGUUCUGGAGAGCGACGAGGAGAGGGCUGCAGGGGCCGUGAAGGCGAUCGGCAGGCUGGCCGAGGGUCCCGUGAGAAGCGAGGACCGACUCCUGCAGGCCCAGAACGCCGCCUCGGGCCUCCUCAGUCUGGCCGCGCAGAUCGCCCUGGAGCAUGACCAGCAGACCAUAGCUAAAAAGGCUCUGGAGGGCCUGUGUGAACACUCUCAGGACGGGGCGCAGGUUCUCACAGGCCUCAGAUGUUUGGUGCGGCUGGUGCUCCCUGCAGUGGAAACGGCUCGGGAGGAAGAGAGAGAUGCGAGUUUGGAUGCUCUCAGGUCAUAUCUGAAGAUGGCGCUACAGAGAGUGUCUCAGCCCAGCGCCAAGCCUGGACCCAGCCUGGGCCUGGAGAAGCAUGCUGAGGAGGCGAACUGGUUCAGGAAGAUCGCCUGGAACUUGGCCCUGCAGUGUGAGAACAGCCCGGACAGAAUGAGGGAUUUCUUUGUGCUGUCCUACCAGCUGUCCCAGUUCUGCCUGCCAGACAGGGCCGUGCUCAUGGGACAGAAGACCUGCCUCCUGAUGGCCACCGCAGCCUGCCUGGAGCUGUGCAGGAAGUCUCCCGUCUCCACGCAACAGGCAGAGCAGCUCACCGAAGCAUUGGAGCAUAUUCAGAUCUGCUGGGAGGUGUGGAAAGCUCUCAAAGCUUCAGGGGAUGUGUCCAAGGACCAGACGGAGACCCUGCUGCUCCUGUACGAGUUUGAGGCUCGAGCCAAGCUGAACGACCCCAAGCUGGAGUCUGUGCUGGAGUCAGUGCUGGAGCUGGAUACUGUGGAGCCCAAGACCCUGGAGACCAUUGCAGGCCUGGCCAUGGAGCCUCCGGCCCACUUCCCGCUGGUGUGUAAGAAGGCCCUGAGGAUAGCGCUGUCCCUGCAUAAGAAGCAGCCCCAGCCCGACCUGCUGCGCUGCAGCCAGUGCCUGCACAGCCUGAUCCAGCUGUCCCUGCCCACCGGGGUGUCGGAGGUGGAGCCGCGCGCGCUGGAGGAGGUGUGGGGCUUCUACCAGGAGGCCCUCUCCGUCAUUGGCCUGGCGCCGGAGGAGUUCCCCGAGCUGGAGAUCCUGUGGCUGCUGACGCGGGCCUGGAACACGGGCAUCCUGCUGUACAGCCUGGCGCAGUACGGCGGGGCUGAGCGCUGGUGCGGCCUGGCCAUGAGCUUCCUGUGCCACCUGGGCUCCCUGCAGGAGAGCUACCAGACCCAGAUGUCAGGUCUCUAUGGUGAAGUUUUGGACAAACUGGACAAAGCCAAGAGAAAUCUCAUCAUGGAGGAGUGACGCUAUCAUACCGAUCUCUGUUCCACUCGGACAGGAGAACCGUUAAACCAUUCUCACGGGAGCAAAUCAGAGUUUUAUGUCCUGCUCCAACUUUCCAUUCAGCUACGAUCAUCUCACUCAGUUUUUCACGUUACAUUUACGUGCUUGCUCAGCCAGUCAGUUCCCACUUUAAAGACUGAAGAUGGAAGUCUUUUGAGGAACUGUUAGAUUUAAUUUGAAUGCUUCUAAUGCUUUUUAAUUCAUUCAAAAGUAUGUAAAAAGUAUGUAAAAUCUUUGCAUUAGUUUGACAGGAAGCCUCAUGAAACGCUGCCUUUUAAUGGGGUAUUUUCUCAUAUUUUUGAGAUGUACUACUGGAAACUUCAUGGAACUGUAAAUACUGUGACGUACUCAACCUAGUAUUAGCCAUCCACUAAUGGAUUACUUGUAAAAAGGAAAGUGGUGUUUACUGCUUAAUUUGCUUAAAGCAUAAUUCAUCCUGUUUUGUUCAUGUGCAUUUCAACAUUUUUGGCAAUUUUAAGUUUAUUUGGGGCAUGGCAUUGAAAAUGUUACAGUUACCAAUAAAAGACAGUAAAGAUUUAAAAGAAAAUGAGCUUUAUCACUCCUAAAUAGCUUUUACUUGUAUCCCCCUCACCUAUCCUAUACCAAAAUGAUAUGCUCUCUCAGCACAAAUAAAAGAAAAGCACUUUUGGCUCAGA